GAAUGUCACUCUGGCCACAUCAGAGCCUGGACAGGUCUCUAACGGAGAAGUUCUGUUUGAUUUGGUUUGGUGGUCUGGGAUGGCAUGAAGACCCCUUGCCUUAUGGGACUUUGGGCAGCCUUCCUGGCUCUGUGCCUUAUGUGUGACAAGAGGGGUGGCAGGCCAGGUGGGACUUGGACAGACCAGCAUCAUUGUGGGGACCUGCCACCAAGGUCUGGUCCAUCCACACCGCUGCAGGAUCCAAGUCACUUCCCACCCUUUCACUUGUAGCCACAGCCCACAGGAAUUCUGUAGGGGUAGGUGGGGGUCUCGCCAUCUGCCCUUUGUGUGGCUGGGCUGUCACAUUACUCUGGCUCUCUCCUAGGACCUUGGGCAGUCUGUGAGGAGCUGGGGCCAGGAGGAGAAGUUCAUUUUUGGAGCGGCAGUGAAAUGUUCAGAAAAUUGCUUUCAUGUGCUGAGGAGGCCCAGCAGAGGCUUCCAGACUGAGCCGCCUGCUCAAGCCCUGCUCCUGGAACCCAGAGUGGUGAUUGCCCACAUGGUGCUCAGGGACACAUUUGGGUUUUAAGCACACCCAUUCAUUUGGGCAGUCUUUUCCUGGAUGGGGCUGACGCAGGCACUUUGGCCUACAGAAAUUACAAGAUGCUUCAGAACAGAUAGAAGAGGUUGUGUGGGCCAGGUUGAGUAGGGAAUGACUUCUUGAGUAUCUGAGCAGGGGUUGGCUGGUGUCACCCUGUCAUUUGACUCACAUGGGGUCUGGGGUCCAGAGAGGGAAAGGCAGCAGGGUGUCCCCAGCUCCCUCUGCUCAGUGCUGUUUCCUGUGCUCAGGCAGUCCCUGGACACUCACCUGCUUGCUCCCUGACAUCUGCCUUCCUCUUGGGCACGGCUGGCCAGUGCCCUGCCUGUCUCUUCCCUCGCCUGGCGGGACACAUGUGAAAGGAAAACGGCCGUGUCACCCACCUCAGACCCCUAGCUGGCGUUGGCAUGGGUCCAUGUUUAGGAAUGGCAAGAUGCUACUGCCCCUGGCACUGCCUGGUGAGAGGGCAGCUUCCGGCUUGCAGAGAAGUCCUUCUGCUGUCUGUGAAAUGGGUGUGGCCAUUUCAGCCCUUCCUGUGCCCCUUCAUUGGGGGAGGGUCCAUUCAGGGAGCACAAGUGCUGCCCUGCGUGCCAGGCACUGGGCUCGGCUUCACAGGCGCAGGGAGGGCCCGUGUCUUGCCAGAGAUGCAUGGCCAGGGCGAGGCAGAGGCAGGGUGGGAACCAAGACUGACAGAAUCCAAAGCCAUGAAAUGACCAUCAUCCUGCAUGGCCUCUAAUUGUGGGGGCUGCAGCCUGCUGAGCCAUCCCCAGAGGCUAAGGCUGCUGAGAGACCGACCCUCUGCUUGUAGCUUUCCACGUAACGUGCUGGCUAAAGCCCUCUAUGACAACGUGGCCGAGUCCCCGGACGAGCUUUCCUUCCGCAAGGGCGACAUCAUGACCGUGCUGGAGCGGGACACGCAGGGCCUGGACGGCUGGUGGCUUUGCUCUCUGCAUGGGCGCCAAGGCAUCGUGCCAGGGAACCGCCUCAAGAUCCUGGUGGGCAUGUACGACAAGAAGCCGGCAGGGCCUGGCCCCGGCCCGCCCACCACCCCGGCCCAACCCCAGCCCGGCCACCCGCAGGGCCCCCACGCUGCAGUGCCCCCGGCCUCCCAGUACACGCCCAUGCUCCCCACCGCCUACCAGCCCCAACCUGACAGCGUCUACCUGGUGCCCACCCCCAGCAAGGCUCAGCAAGGCCUCUACCAAGCCCCUGGACCCAGCCCUCAGUUCCAGUCACCCCCGGCCAAGCAGACGUCCACGUUUUCGAAGCAGCCGUCCCACCACCCGUUUCCCAGCCCAGCCACAGACCUUUACCAGGUGCCACCAGGACCCGGAAGUCCUGCGCAGGACAUUUACCAGGUGCCACCUUCUGCUGGGAUGGGACAUGACAUCUACCAGGUCCCCCUGUCCAUGGACACACGCAGCUGGGAGGGGACGAAGACCCCGGCAAAGGUGGUGGUGCCCACCCGAGUAGGGCAGGGCUACGUCUACGAGGCCCCCCAGCCGGAGCAGGACGAGUACGACAUCCCACGCCACCUGCUGGCCCCCGGAUCCCAGGACAUCUACGAUGUGCCCCCCGUUCGGGGGCUCCUUCCCAACCAGUAUGGCCAGGAGGUGUAUGACACCCCCCCCAUGGCUGUCAAGGGUCCCAAUGGCCGAGACCCGUUGCUGGACGUGUACGAUGUUCCCCCCAGCGUGGAGAAGGGCCUGCCGCCAUCCAGCCACCACGCGGUGUACGACGUUCCCCCGUCUGUGAGCAAGGACAUGCCCGACGGCCCGCUGCUGCGUGAGGAGACCUAUGACGUGCCCCCCGCCUUCGCCAAGACCAAGCCCUUUGACCCUGCCCGCCACCCGCUGGUCCUUGCCGCGCCCCCUCCGGACUCCCCGCCAGCCGAGGAUGUGUACGACGUCCCACCCCCUGCUCCCGACCUCUAUGACGUGCCUCCUGGCUUGCGGCGGCCCGGCCCCGGCACCCUGUACGAUGUGCCCCGUGAGCGGGCGCUUCCUCCGGAGGUAGCCGACGGCAGCGUGGCUGACGACGGCGUGUACUCGGUGCCACCCCCAGCCGAGCGCGAGGCCCAGGCCGAUGCCAAGCGCCUGUCGGCCUCGAGCACCGGCAGCACACGCAGCAGCCAGUCCGUGUCCUCCCUGGAGGUGGCAGGGCCGGGCCGGGAGCCCUUGGAGCUGGAGGUCGCUGUGGAGACCCUGGCGCGGCUGCAGCAGGGCGUGAGCGCCACCGUAGCCCACCUCCUGGACCUGGCGGGCAGCGCUGGGGGGGCAGGGGGCUGGCGCAGCACCCCCGAGCUGCAGGAGCCACCAGUGCAGGACCUGCGGGCCGCUGUGGCCGCCGUCCAGGGCGCCGUCCACGAGCUGCUGGAGUUUGCCCGCAGCGCCGUGGGCAACGCCGCCCACACAUCUGACCGUGCCCUGCAUGCCAAGCUGAGCAGGCAGCUGCAGAAGAUGGAGGACGUGUACCAGACGCUGGUGGCACACGGUCAGGCCCUCGACAGUGGCCGGGGAGGCCCGGGAGCCACCCCUGAAGACCUGGACCGCCUGGUGGCCUGCUCGCGGGCCGUGCCCGAGGACGCCAAGCAGCUGGCCUCCUUUUUGCACGGCAAUGCCUCCCUGCUCUUCAGACGGACCAAGGCCCCUGCCCCAGGGCCUGAGGGGGGUGGCCCCCUGCACUCCAACCCCACUGACAAGGCCAGCAGCAUCCAGUCACGGCCCCUGCCCUCACCUCCCAAGUUCACCUCCCAGGACUCGCCGGACGGGCAGUACGAGAACAGCGAGGGGGGCUGGAUGGAGGAUUAUGACUACGUCCACCUGCAGGGGAAGGAAGAGUUUGAGAAAACACAGAAGGAGCUGCUUGAAAAGGGCAACAUCGUGCGGCAGGCGAAGAGCCAGCUGGAGCUGCAGCAGCUGAAGCAGUUUGAGCGCCUGGAGCAGGAGGUAUCACGGCCCAUAGACCACGACCUGGCCAGGUGGACGCCAGCGCAGCCCCUGGGCCCAGGGAGGACAGGUGGCCUGGGGCCCUCGGACCGGCAGCUGCUGCUCUUCUACCUGGAGCAGUGCGAGGCCAACCUGACCACGCUGACCAACGCCGUGGACGCCUUCUUCACCGCCGUGGCCACCAACCAGCCACCCAAGAUCUUCGUGGCGCACAGCAAGUUCGUCAUCCUCAGCGCCCACAAGCUGGUGUUCAUCGGGGACACGCUGUCGCGGCAGGCCAAGGCAGCCGACGUGCGCAGCCAGGUGACCCACUACAGCAACCUGCUGUGCGACCUCCUGCGCGGCAUCGUGGCCACCACCAAGGCCGCUGCCCUGCAGUACCCUUCGCCCUCCGCUGCCCAGGACAUGGUGGACAGGGUCAAGGAGCUGGGCCACAGCACCCAGCAGUUUCGCCGGGUCCUGGGCCAGCUGGCAGCCGCCUGAGAGCGGGCGACCGGGAGGACGUGUGGGGGGCGGUGAUGGUCCGAGCUACCCCAGGCACCCAUCUGAAGAGUCGAUGUGCCACAGGCUUGGGGACAGGCAACCCCAGCUCUGCCUUGGGCCUGGUGCCCCAGACUGUCCAGGGAUUUGUACGUAUUUAUGAAAGGGCAGGAUGUGGGACGGCCUCAGAGGGGCUGGUGCCGAGGGCCGGCUGGCGGCUUCCCUGCGUGCACUGCGGCCCGGGGAGGGUCACCGUGCUGGGGCCUGGGGCCGGGGGCAUGAGGGUCCCUCAGCCCACAGGGCCUUGUAUGACCCCUCAGGCUGACCCCGGCCCUGCACCAGGGCAAGUGCAGCUAUCACAUGUCCCUUCUCUGCACCAGGAGAAAACCCUAAAGAACUAUUUUUCAUUAUUGAUUUUCCAAUCAUUUGACGAAUAGUCUACAUUUAAAUAAAAUGUUAAAAAUGCACAGCA